AUGCGUAAACCAAGAACUAUAUAUUCAUCUCUGCAAAUUCAACAACUAAAUAAAAGAUUUCUUAGAACCCAAUACUUAGCCCUACCGGAAAGGGCGGAACUGGCCGCCACACUCGGACUGACCCAAACCCAGGUUAAAAUCUGGUUCCAGAACAGGCGGAGCAAAGUAAAGAAAGAAAUGAAGCACGGUCCCAAC